AUGGUUUUGAAUAGUAGUAAACAGUCAUUGAAGUCUACAUCAUCAAAUGUUGAAGAUAAUAUCCCAAAUUCUGAUAGGCGAUUAAGAUCUUCAUCUCAGAGGAAUAAUAUUCCAUACCAUAGUGAGAAUAUGGAUUCAAACACAUAUCCACAAUAUGAACAUACAAGCAUUGAACAUUCUUCUUCAAAUGUGACUAUCACAAAUCCAUUAUCUGAUAGUUCUAACGAGUACUUGGAUCACCGUGAUAAAAGUGUUAUUUGUGAAUGUUAUGAGGCAAAACUAUGGAGAGAUGAAGCUCUUAGAGGGAAAAAAUCUGGGAUGAAAACUACAAUUGAUUCUUCCAUUAAUAGUGGAAAUGCACCAUACAUAUACAGGCUUAACGGUCAAAACUACCAUAGGAUGGGCAGUCUUCUACCACCAGAUGGAUCGAAACCAAAAUUCUCUCAACUUAUUGGUUAUAUUAAUGGUUAUUUACAACAAAUAAGUGAAUUACAUCCUUCUUACCUUCCUCUUCAAUAUCCGUUGUUAUUUCCAUACGGAGAAGAUGGUUAUAAAGUUGACAUUCCCCAUAGAGAGCAAUUUAUUGUUGAUGGUUACACAAUGAUUGAAAGUGAGAGAUUACAUUACAUACGUAAGCAGCAGAAAGUCCCAAGGUGCGAGACAUAUGAUAAUUUAUGCAAUGUACAAGAACACGGAGAGUCGGAUGCUUCAAACAUUGGACAACGUCUUAUACUACCUUCUUCUUUCACCGGUGGUUCUCGACGAGAUGAUGGACGUUUGAUUGAGAAAUCAGGUGUUAAACUAGACAACAGAAUUGUCGUUCCAUAUAACAAACAACUGUUGAAAAGAUAUCAAGCACACAUUAAUGUUGAGUGGUGCAACUAUGCUUCUUCAAUCAAAUAUUUGUUCAAAUAUAUCAACAAGGGUCCAGAUAGAGCUACUGUUGCUAUUGUAGAAAACAGUAUUGAUGAGGUUACUAUUACUGUUGUUGAUGAGAUAAAGCAAUAUUAUGAUUGUAGAUACCUUUCUGCAUGUGAAGCUUCAUGGCGUAUUUUUGGAUACGAUGUUCAUUCCAUGACUCCUUCUGUUUUAAUACUUCCUUUCCAUCUUCCGGGACAACAACAAGUGGUGUUUAGUGCUGAAGAUGAUAUUGAAAAUGUCCUAAACAGACCAUCUGUGGCGUCCUCAAUGUUUUUUGCUUGGAUGCAUAGUAAUCAAAUUUAUCAAGAAGCACGAGAACUCACUUACGUUGAAUUCCCUACAAAGUUUGUUGUUGGAAAUUGGAGGAACGACAUUGGGAUUGAAGGAAAAAAGGGUUCUCAAUUGGACAAAUUCAUUCAGUUUCUCCUACUGUAG